GCCCGCCCCGCCGCCAGCAGCGAGACGCGCCGGGAGCGGCCCCUCCGCGCCCCCUCCGCCAAACUUUUGCCGUCCGACGCUCCGCCGCCCUGCAGUUCCUCCCGAGCGGCGAAGUCGGGGCCGUGCCCUCGCCCCGGGCGGCGGCGGGUGCCCCGAGGGGGUCCUGCCUCCUUUUUCUUCGUUUUUAUUGUUUUUCCUCUUUUGUAUUUUUUUUAAUUUUAUUUUUUUUUUCUCCGCGGGGAGGGGUGGGGAAGGGAAGGGGCUAUAAAGCGCGAAGGGACGUGCGUGACACAGUCCCCGUUGCAGCCCGUCCCUGCCGGAGCGGGGGGGUUAGGUAAACACCCGCCCCCCUAAAACAAAAAAAAAGCCUUCCUCCCCUCCCGCCGCAGGAGCGACAGGACGGGACGGGACCGGACACCGCAAGGAUGCUCCUGCUGCGCUGCCCACUGCUGCUGCUGCUGCUUCCGCUCAGCUCCAGGCCCCAGAAGUUACCUACCAGAGAUGAGGAGCUCUUCCAAAUGCAGAUCCGGGACAAAGCAUUUUUUCAUGAUUCAUCAGUCAUCCCAGAUGGAGCCGAAAUUAGCAGCUACCUCUUCCGAGACACCCCAAAAAGGUACUUCUUCGUAGUUGAAGAGGACAACACUCCCUUAGCAGUGACAGUGACACCAUGUGAUGCCCCUCUGGAGUGGAAACUGAGUGUGCAAGAGCUCCCAGAGGAAGCCAGUGGAGAAGGUUCAGGUGAACCAGAGCCUCUUGAGCAACAGAAACAGCAGAUUACUAAUGAGGAAGGCACAGAACUGUUCUCUUACAAAGGCAAUGAUGUUGAGUACUUUGUGUCCUCAAGUUCCCCAUCUGGUUUGUACCAACUAGAUCUGCUGUCAACAGAGAAAGACACACAUUUUAAAGUGUAUGCAACCACUACUCCAGAGUCAGACCAGCCUUAUCCUGAAUUACCUUACGAUCCCAGAAUUGAUGUCACUUCUCUGGGACGCACAACAGUGACGCUGGCGUGGAAACCGAGUCCCACCGCCUCCUUGCUGAAACAGCCAAUUCAGUAUUGCAUAGUCAUCAAUAAAGAACACAAUUUCAAAAGCCUCUGUGCAGUUGAAGCCAAGCUCAGUUCUGAUGAUGCCUUCAUGAUGGCUCCAAAACCAGGUCUGGAUUUCAGUCCAUUUGACUUUGCCCAUUUUGGCUUCCCCUCAGACUACAACUCUGGCAAAGAACGUGGUUUCCUAAAACCAUCAUCAAAGUUUGGGCGCCAAACAACCUCAAAGCUGAGAGUUGACCUGCAUAAAGUUUGUAUUGGGAACAAGAACAUCUUCACUGUGUCUGACCUGAAGCCCGAUACACAGUACUACUUUGACAUGUUUGCAGUAAAUGUCAACACUAACAUGAGCACUGCAUACGUUGGCACCUUUGCCAGAACGAAGGAGGAGGCUAAACAGAAAACGGUCGAACUGAAGGACGGCAAGGUUACAGAUGUAUUCAUCAAGAGAAAGGGCACCAAAUUUCUACGUUUUGCUCCCGUUUCAUCACACCAAAAAGUCACCGUCUCUGUUCAUUCAUGCCUAGAUGCUGUUCAGAUCCAAGUCAAAAGAGAUGGAAAACUUCUCUUGUCCCAAAACAUCGAGGGUGUGCGGCAGUUCCAGCUUCGGGGAAAAGCAAAAGCUAAAUAUCUCAUUAGGCUGAAAGGUAACAAAAAAGGUGCUUCUAUGCUGAAGAUCCUGGCUACAACAAGGCCCAACAAGCAGUCAUUUCCUUCUCUGCCUGAAGAUACGCGCAUCAAAGCCUUUGACAAACUCCGCACAUGUUCUUCGGUCACGGUGGCGUGGCUGGGCACACAGGAGAGAAACAAAUUCUGCAUCUACAAAAGGGAAGUGGAUGACAAUUACAAUGAAGAGCAGAAGAGAAGAGAGCAGAACCAGUGCUUGGGUCCAGAUACGAGGAAGAAAUCGGAAAAGGUUCUCUGUAAAUACUUCCACAGCCAGAACAUCCAGAAAGCAGUGACCACAGAGACAAUCAGAGGCCUGCACCCUGGCAAGUCCUACCUGCUGGAUGUGUAUGUGAUAGGGCACGGCGGGCACUCCGUGAAAUAUCAGAGCAAACUAGUGAAAACGAGGAAGUUCUGUUAGUGCCCUCGGACAUAGAAAUUUACGGAACUCCAGUCAGAACGUUGUCCUACUUCCAAGUAUGCAGAUUGACUACUUGCACAGCUGAGAAGUUGUGACCUGUAUUUGUACUUGUGUAGAAAAGAUAUCAACUUGUAUAUUUAUGUUUACAUAAGUAAUUGUUGGGAGGAACUGAGGCUGGUGCUCUCUGGUAGCAUCUGGCAACGGUACUAUCAUGUGUCCAGUGACCCACAUGUGAUGCUCAGUAGAUGUCCAAGGUAGCAGGAAACCUCGAAGGAACUGGCACUCCUUUGCUUCCAUAUUGCAUGAACUGCUUCUAAAUUAUUUUAUACUUAAAAGGCUGAGAUACAUCAUUCAUCCACCUUGUUACUCACACCCAAAACUCAGACAUACACCCUUUCUGUUGGAGUAGAUGGUAGGAUUUCUGUAAAUUAUUUUAUAGAGUCUUGUUUAAAAUGUUUAUGUUUCUAUGACUGUAAACUAUUAAAAUAUCUCCCCAAUAAAACACAGAUCUAAACUAAGUAUUAACUGGGCUGCACAUGAGGCAGUUUCAUUGCUAAUGUAAAUUCUUACCUAGCUGAUUUUCAUGUUUAAAUACUGUAUGUAUUUCAUGUACAAAGUUGCCAUAACGUUAUAUUCCUGUACAUAAAAUUAAAAAUAUUAGAUUAUAUGUUGUUUCCUUUUUUUCUUCACAUUCUAAAGGAGCAAACAGACUUGGGGACAGAAGAGGCAUGCUGAAACUCAAACUGAAUUCAGCUAGGAUGUGCCUUUCUCGUUGUUCUUCUUCUUUUUGGGCAAGGUGACUGAAGUCCGAUAGAAUUACUGAUGUUACUGAGUCAGUUAAAAUCUGCAAGGGAGCACAGGCCACCGAAGGAGGGGUAUUUGUGGCACACUGAAUCUGCAGUGAUACAAGCACUAAAGAAGAACGACAGGGCAGAGGAGCUUCACUUGUCCCAGGUGAGAAUGGGUCAUGGUUGUGAGUGCUGCCAGCACUGUGCAAGGAGCUUAUACUCUGGGUUAGAGAGACCAUAACAAUCCAAACAAAUAACACACCAGAGAAACAGUUGUUAAUUUUGUUAGACUACCAUUGAAAAUACUUGGUUUCUGGAUGAUGCUGGUUUUGACUAGAGCAAUAAAAAGGUGAGAGGCCAAUUUUUUCUUCCAUUGACAAGAGUGGUAGCACUAAGAAAAAAGCCACUGCAACUUCAUUGGAGUUGCAGUUAUUUCCAUUAUGUAGAUUUGUUUAUGAUGUUAGAUGUCUGGAUCUUAUAUUUUCUAAAUGUUCAUCUUUGGUUUUCCCCAUGUCACCUUCAUUGACUCAAAAACUUGUAUAGAGCUGCUUAAUGGAAAAUACGCUUCUGAGAAGCAACUAGACCGGCUGCAUUUCAAGGGGAUAAGAGCAGGAUAUGUACUGCCUUAGUUCUGGUAUUAGAGUUUGGGUCAGAGCCUUGGGACAGGUAACAGACCACCUUUUUCUCUCAGUCUCAUCAUAGGUAUCAGUCUGCAGCACCCAAGCAGUGGAUGUCAGGACUUACCCAAAGACAAUAUCUCUUCUUUAGACGCCUGUCUACAAAACAUGUCACUGCUGUGACUUUAACACUUACAGCCCCCCAGGGCUUUGAAGAUCAGGGAAAAGGACCAAAGCCCACAUAAAGGCUGAAAACAGAUUCUUCUUAGGCUGCUCACAGGGUAGAUGAGACUUCUCAUCCCUGCAGAGAGCUCCAGUUUUCCUUGGCCCUAUAGUGCCGAGCUCUUCAGGUUGUCCUUUCUGCUGCCUCCAACAUGUUCCAGUUUGCAGACUGGUGGAUGGCAGCAAGGUUCCAUGGCUACACAAGUGCCUACACCAUUCCACAUGCUGAGUUAGCUGUGAUGACUCUCUAAGAUGCAGAUACCAUAUGAAAAUUGAUCAGAAGGCACCUUCUGUGUUUAGUGUAAUUACAUAGUAAUAUUAUCAUCUCUCCUCAUCUGAAAACAUCUCUGAUUUCUUAAAGCAAAAGGGUUCAGUACCACAUGCUUGUUAUAUUGCCCUGCCGGGACAUAGGGUGAGCAGUAGAUGACUACAGCUGGGAAUCUCUGAAGGGGAUUGUAGUACCAAUGUUGGAUCACCAGUUUCCAGGGAGAUAACUUCCCUACAUUCUUUUUGUCCAAAGACCGACUAAAACCUUCAGUUAAAGGCAACACUUAUGUUUAAGCAUUUAUCUGUUCACUGAUGCCAUUUUUUUGUGGGAAAUGGGACCCCUUCCAUCGGCCUAUUACAAUGUUUACUUCAAAACAUGUUUCAUUACCAUUCCAGCUCUAUUUGUUCCCUUUAGCCAUGUUUGGAUAUUCAUCCAGCUCACUUGGCUUUUCUGCCUGCUAACCACUUAUGUUUACAGUAUGUCACAAAAUGAAAAAAUUCCCCAAUAUGCAUGCAUCUUCUAUUGCUGAACACUAUGUUUUCAAAGGAAAAUGUCACAUUAUUUGUCUUUAUUCCCAAUAGAAUUAUUUUCCCAAACACCUAGCUCUAUUUAUUCUUCUGGAUGAAUAGAGAACAUUAGUAUCGUAUCUACUAAUCAUCCCACUGUUCUUCACGUCUUUAUGGAGUCAAUCUGAGAGAGGUAGUUCAUAUUUUGAAGGAAGGAGUAAAAUUAAGGGCACCAGGCUUUAUGCAGUACAAAUGUAAGUCAUGCUUAAGACGGAGGUGUCUGAAGUGGAUAUCUUCUACUGGGAAAGCUCCAGACUGAGUGUGGGGAGUUUUGUGGAGACUUGGCUAGAGGAAAGAGGACAUGAUAGAAUACAGCUGGUUAGGCAGUAAGCAUUAAGCGAUAAGACUCCUGCUCAAGGACGUGAGAGCAAGAGAGUUGUAUGAUAACAGGAUGAGAAAGCAGAAGCUUAGUUUGGGUUAAGCAGCCACAAGUAUCUGGAGUAUGUUGAAACAAGGGCGAGGUUUG